AUGAGCUGCGAGUGGUUGCAGUCUGGCCUCAGCUUUGGCGGAGGCGACUUCACAGGCUUCCCCCUCAGGGGAGUGGCACCAGGCGGCGCCCUCGCUGGCAUUGGGGGCCUGGCCGCGCCUCCGGCUCCAGCGGCAGUCACACUUGGCGGGAGUUGGCCCGCUGCCAUGGCCGUCGCUGUCCACGGUGGCUCCAUCAGGAGUGGAGGCAGCCCGAGGAGCAUCUGCUGGUACUCCAAGGUCAUCAGAGGCGUGCCGUCCGAUAGGUGUCUGAACACCGCCGUAGAGGGUAGUUACACCAUCGGGUCCUGCGGCUGCCUGGGCCUGAGCCCACGUCAUGAGCUGAGGAGGCACCUGGCUCUGUCAUGCCGGGUUGAGGCUGCUGGGACGACCAUCGCCAUCCAGAGGAUCCCGCACAUUGUGGCCGCACCACUGGACAAUGCCGACAGGGGUUCUCAGUCGGCUGUCGGUACGAGAAGAUUUCGAAGUCUGAAGACGAAGGCUCGAGCCAAAAGUGGCUACGGAGAUCAGACCUGCCAGUAUCUCGGGAUCUCCGUCCUGUCUGUCGGCCGCCUGCCACCAGCGCUCGUCUCCUGCUGCAUCCCUGCUCUGAUGGUCGGCGGACGGUCCGUGUCCGCCACUCCACGGGCUGCGGCCGUGUGGCAGCACGUGGUGGAGAACCUGAAGGCCGCGGGGUCGCGGGCGCCGGCAGAGGCAGCGUUGGGGGCAGCCGUCGAGAUUUUCGGCGGCCCGAGCGGUUGGAAGCACGACAGCUCGGGUCGGGCCGACAACCCGCCCGCGAUCGACGGGUCGAGGCCUGGGACGCCGUGCGCCGCCUGCUGUUCGCGAACUACCCGCCGGAGAGGCUGCUCGCCGCCUCGGCGUGGGCCGAGCAGCAGGAGCUGGGCGAGCCGUCUGCCGGCGCGGGGGCGCCCGUCGCCGUCCUCGCGGUCGGGCCUCCCGGGAGCGGGAAAAGCCACCUCCUGGCGCACGACGCGAGCUUCCGGGCACUGCAGGAACAGUUCGGGGUGCCGCCCAGGGAGCAGUGCGUGCUCAUCGACACAGACGCUCCGUUCGCUAGCAUUUGCGACAAUGACACCACGUUAUGGCCCCUCGCCCGCUUCGAGAGCCACGCCGCGUUGUUGGAGGCCGCCGCGGCCCGCCGCCACCUGCUGGUGGAAGGCGCCGGCGAGGACUUGGAGCACACUUGCGGCCGUGUGCUGUCGCGCCUGAAGCAGGUUGGUUACCGCAUCUUGAUAUGCGUCGUCCUGGCAAGCUUUGAGUGCUGCCGGGCGCGCCUGGCGGCGCGAGGCGCGCAGGCCGCCGCCGCCGCGCGGGCGCUGGGCGAUCUGCCGCAGG